AUGCCUUUCGAUACUCAGCUGACCCGGAAACUUGGCAUUCGAGUGCCCGUGAUACAAGGUGGUAUGCAAUGGGUUGGCUAUGUGGAACUCGCUAGUGCGGUGAGCAAUGCAGGUGGUCUGGGCAUUCUGACAUCGCUGACCCAACCAACACCAGAAGAUCUGAGGAAAGAGAUUCGGCGAUGCCGUGAAAUGACGAAGAAUCCGUUCGGGGUGAACCUCACAGCUCUCCCGACAAUUAAUCCGCCACCAUACGAGGAGUAUGCCAAGGUCAUCAUUGAGGAGGGAGUCAAAAUUGUCGAGACUGCUGGACUAGUCGAGCCGUACGUGGCCAUGUUCAAGAAAGCCGGCUGUAUCGUCCUGCACAAAUGUACCAGCAUUCGCCACGCACUAUCAGCAGAGCGAAGAAUGGGCGUCGACUUUCUGUCGAUUGAUGGCUUCGAAUGUGCCGGCCACGUGGGCGAGACUGACAUUCCAAAUAUGGUGCUGCUUUCAAGAGCUCGUCAACAGCUUCGAACGCCGUUUAUAGGAUCCGGAGGUUUCGCUGAUGGACGCGGUCUUCUCGCGGCAUUGGCGCUGGGGGCUUCCGGUAUCAAUAUGGGCACCCGCUUCAUGUGUACCCAGGAAGCUCCCGUCCAUAUGAACAUCAAGCAAGCAAUCGUCAACGCGACUGAAAAUGAUACGCAAUUGGUCUUGCGACGCUGGAAGAACACCAGCAGGUACUUCCGAAAUAAGGUAUCCGAAGCGGCGUAUGAGAUCGAAAAAACCAGUCCGACAGGCGAGUUCAAAGAGGUGCAGCAGUAUGUGAGUGGGCAGCGAGGAAGGCAGGUGUUCAUUAAUGGAGACCCCGAUCACGGCGUCUGGACCGCCGGUAUCUGCAUUGGCAUGAUCCAAGAUGUGCCGACGUGUGAAGAUCUCCUCAGACGGAUAGAAGCCGAGGCCCAGGGUGCAUUGUCUGCCAAUGUCUCACAGUACAAGGAGUCGGCGAAGAUGUAG